UUCAUGACGCGGGAAAAACACUCUGGUCUUUCUUCCAAAUGCUUGUUUUUAUGUUAAAAUGUUUUUUUUUUUUGCAGUAAAUAAGAUUUUCAUGUAGUUUAUUUGCAGUAAAUACAGCUAACUUUACUGUUUCCGCUUGCUAACUCUUAUCCGUACAUGAAGCUGUGUGUGACUAGCAGCCUGUUGAUUCGGCUCAAUCCCAAAUGACUCCGUCAUCUCUCUCAGAAAAUGGCUUCAUGUUUGCCUGCUGUGGCUGAGCAGCUCCUGAAAGACCUUCAGAAGGCAUAUUCAGAGAAAGCCCACAUUCCUGAUGAGCUCCUAAUCGCGUUGAGGUUUGUAUUUGGCUCCUGCACCCUACAGGCAUUAGACCUGGUGGAUCAGCGCGCUGUAACGUGUGUCUCCUCACCCAGUGGCCGAGAAGUGUUCCAGGUACUGGGUGGAUCAGGACGUCUGUACACUUGCUACACAUCGUGUCAUUAUUGCCCCUGUCCAGCCUUCUCUUUCUCUGUGCUCAGGAGAAAUGAAAGUUUGGUGUGUAAGCACAUCUUGGCAGCCUACUUGUGCCAGGCCAUGGGCUUGUGCCAGCAGGAGCUGGUCUCUGAUCACCAAAUGACCCUCCUCCUCUCCAGAAGAGCUGAUCUGGAUCCGUAAGCAGCAUUCUGGGAGGCGACCCCCGUGGAGAGACGUGCCGAGUUUUCCUUUUUGGGUGCACGUAGAGGAGGUGGGAUGUGCACCAGAAUCAUAGUUCACAUGACUGGAAUUAGGGAAGUUCCAUGGCUGGGAUUUGCAUAUUUAAUUUGCAUCUCUUCCCCCCCCCCCCCCCCCCCCCACACACACACACACUGAACACGAGGGUUUUGUUUCCUGUCUCAUAAAAUUACCCAUGAAGUUAAGAGGAGUUCUCUGCAUGUUAUCAAAAUGAAAUGGUUUGUAAAAUAAAGCAUGAAAUCUUAAAA